AUGACUGGAGGUGGCGUAAGAUCAGUUCUUCGUCGAGGAAGAGAAAGACGAGACAAAGAUCUCACUGUUGAUGGAAAGCGGGGAGAAUAUGAGAGGUUUGGAUCAAUAUUGGAGAGAGAAGAGUACAUCUUUGGAGGUGGAGGAGGCGCUGUUGUCGGUGGAGGAAGAGAAAGAGGGUUCAGAGAUGGCUCUGUUGGUGAAAAACAGGGAGAAUAUGGUGAUGGUAAAAUAUGGAAGAAAUACCAUUACAACACUGAAGGAAUGGAUAAAGGAAACGAUGACGUUUGCGGAGCAAUAGAGGUGGUACUCGGAGAUGGUGCUGUGGUGGGAAUGCAGGGAGAAUGUGAUAGCAAUGAAGACGAAAGGAGAGGAGAUCGUUGUACUGGAGGAAGAGAAGGAGAUGGCACUGUCAAAACAGCGCAGCAACAAUACGUUGAUGGUGGCAGAAUUCGGACAGGAGAUUACAUCAAAAGAGAGAGAAUUACGAAAAGACAGGACAGCGAAAGAGGACAAAGACUGAGCGUACAUGAUGGCGACAGACACAGGACAGAUGCUGUUGAUGGAGAUGGACAGAACAUGAUGGUGGACAUCGUUGCAGAUGUUACCGAUGUGCAGAACGGCCUUUCCAACAUCAUAGUACAUCAAACAGUACAUGUCAAGAAUCUGAUUGUAAUGCCAAGACGUGUUGGAAGAAGAAGGAAGCUUCGGCCAAGGUCACGGAAGGUAGCCACAAGAUGUACACAGACUGUUGGUGAGGGGGCCAAGGUCACGCGAAAUACAGAGACGGUUGGUGAGGUGGCCAAGGUCACGCGACGUUCACAGACUGUUGGUGAGGUGGCCAAGGUCACACGACGUACACAGACUGUUGGUGAGGUGGCCAAGGUCACGCGACAUAUACAGACUGUUGGUGAGGUGGCCAAUGUCACGCGUCAUACACAGACUGUUGGUGAGGUGGCCAAUGUCACGCGACAUACACAGACUGUUGGUGAGGUGGCCAAGGUCACGCGACAUACACAAACUGUUGGUGAGGUGGCCAAGGUAACACGACGUACACAGACUGUUGGUGAGGUGGCCAAGGUCACACGUCAAACCAAGUCUGUGAGGCGCUACUUGAGGCCACACGGCCAAGAUCAGAAGGUCAAAAACAAUCUCACGAUUUGGUUCCACGUUUUAGUUCAAAUCGAGAUCCUAGUGGUCCCGAUCGUGAUGGUGUUCAUGCAGCAUUAAUUCAAUCCUAACAUUUGCUGCAUAUAAACGCGUGCGCAGGAGGGUGUAUAACAAUUCAAGAGUGUGUUAUAUGCCAGAAUGUGUGAACAGUUGUUUCAACUGAAAUAGGUAUACGACACGUUGAUUUUGCAAGUAAUAUUAUAAAAAUAGAAUUCAGAUUGAAUUCAUACCUUCCGAAAAAAUAUGUAUGAGAUUUAUGUUCAGCUAAGUGAUCUACCUAUUUGUAAACAACAUUUUCAAGUUCAACAUUUUGCCUGGAUAUCUUCCAAUGAAAUGUUAAACUUGCAAAUAUAGUUUACAAAUACGUUAGAUCACUCAGUUAAACAUGAAUCUCGGAAAUAUUUUUUCAGAAG